AGUGAAAUCGAGAGCACUGGAUCAGUUUGGUUUUGAUGUGACAAGGGUUUUGUAACACAUGACUUAAUAAACACAGAGACAGCUGAAGUGUCCAAUAAGGAAAAAAUCAGUCAUUCCUCGCUGUUAGACCCAAUCACUGUGAUAUUAAAUGCACUUAUUCCAGGAGUUACUUUGUAGUAAAGUGUUUCAUCCAAACAGUGGUGUCAUGCAUUUCCCACAAUGCACCUCAGUAACACCCAGGGAACAGCAGCUAACUCAUCAGCUGUUGGUUAUCUGUGCAGCUGGAGGCAGUGCUAGUCUAAAGUCCAGUCUGCUAUACUGUGUGGACUAUACAUCCAAAUACAGUAAACUAUAUUUGUGCAUGGAAGCACAAAUUCUUGAAGCCAACAGCUAACAUACGUAUCAGUAACAGGUUUGUCCCGUCUAAAUGUGAGCUGAAGCUGUAACUCCUUCUGACAUGUUAUCAUCUCAGAGACACCACCUGUCACUCCUGCUUCUCACUGUCCUGCUGCUCAGUGGCUGGACAGCAGACGGGGCUCAGAAUGGGACAGAGACAGAGACCAUGUCCUCCGUGCGGCUUGCCAGCGUCCCCUCGAGCAGUAACAUUGUGGCGAAGGAAGGAUCCAGCACACUGAUUGAGUGUAACGUGACCGGAAGCCACGAUGACAUUAAGUGGUACAACUCUAAAGGACCUCUGCUGGGUGAGAAGUGGCAGAUUCAGGAGGAGGGCACCCUGAACAUCACUAUGGUCUCCUUCGAGGACCGUGGCAGCUACACCUGCGUCGCCUCCGGUGGCAGCGGUGGGAACAAAAACUACACCGUCACUCUUCGUGUAGCCCACACCGACAGUGGCUUGGGCCUUUACUACGUCAUCGUCUGCUUGGUGGCCUUCACCAUCACCAUGAUCCUCAACGUGGCGCGGCUUUGCAUGGUCAGCAGCCACCUCAAGAAGACCGAGAGAGCCAUCAAUGAGUUCUUCCGCACUGAGGGCGCAGAAAAGCUGCAGAAGGCGUUUGAGGUCGCCAAGCGCAUUCCAAUUGUCACGUCGGCCAAGACGGUGGAGCUCGCCAAGGUCACGCAGUACAAGACCAUGGAGUUUGCUCGUCACAUGGAGGAUCUGGCUCGGAGCGUCCCCCUGCCACCGCUCAUCUUAAACUGCCGCACAUUCGCGGAGGAGGUCGUGGAGACAGGGAAGCCGGGGUCUCACGCUGCAGAGCAGGCUGGGACAUCAGUGUCUGUGAACAGACCAGCCAUAGGCCCUCCCUCCGCUGGCAAAAGUGGAGAGAAGGAGGAGGGGGAGGAGGUGCGUCAGGCUCUGCUGUCAAGUGGUAGGAACGAUGGAGGCGGUGCUGAUGUCAAAGUUUCAGUCCAUACAGUUUCUGAGAAGGUGGAUAGUGAGGAUACAGAGGCUGAGAUGUGCCUCAAUGUGCCGGGCUCACGGACAAGUGUGUCCUAUGAGAGCAACGUGUAGUCUCAGUCUGACACCCAGCAGAAGAAACACAUCGUCUGAAGUGUGAGGCAUCUAAUUGCAAGUGCUAAGAGAUUAAAAAACAUUAAAAAAUUGUGGGGUUGGUUAUCAUUCAGAUUGUAGCCAUUGUGUUACUGCUUAUUGAUUCUUAUUCUUAUCAAAUCCUGGGUCCAAAUCUUUGAGUACAAAUUGGAUUCUGGCAGUUUUCCAACUGUUUUUCCUUGAGAUGUUCAUCCUAGUUUCAGAUGAUCUUGGACAUUUUGGGCCCUAUCUUACACCUGGCGUAAAGCGUUGCACAAUGCAGCGCAACAGCCAUUGCUAGUUUUAGACUGAUGCAGUUGUCAUUUUCAAGGCCAGUGCCCACAAGUGGUAAAUGUACUUGUGCAUCUGUGUGCCCACAGGUGAGUAGGUUGUUGAUGCAUUGCUAUUUUGAAGCAGUAGAAAGUGAUGAUGCCACUGACCAACAAAAACCUGCUCUAAAGUCAGAUUAGGUGGAGUAUUUUGCUGCAAUACUGUGCAGAACCUUAUUGAUUAUUCAGCUAAAAGUUUAGCACUGUUUUAUAUUUCAAGUUUAUAACUAUAGUUUUUAGUUUUGCAGCUUAAAUGUCCCUCAGUGUUUGCUGUAGUGACAUUACUGUUCUUACUGCAUAACUGUCAACAGAAAACUGCUUGCUUCUCUAAUUUGCCGAAACCACCAUGUAAAAAGCAAAGCCCAAGGUGUAGGUGCACCUGUGUUUUUAAGAGAAAGGCAGAUGACACUCUGAUUAUAUUCACUUUAUACCCCAAACUAAGAUUACGAUUGCCCCUUGCGUCUUACUUUGCACCCAGAUUAUGUGUUGUUUAACUGGUGAAGUGUAGCUGAAUACAACCUAAAGGCACUUGUGCCAUGCACUUUAGACCAUGUGUUUGAAUAGGGCCCUAUGACUACAUCUGUGGCAGUCAAAAUACUGGAUCUGCUGAAUCAUGUUCUUUCUCCUUCUGGCAUGAAUGUAUCUCCAUGCAGUGAAUACAUUUUACUAGACUUUCAUCAAAUUUACAGUACCCUCACUUUUAAGCUAUUGCUCCCAUCUGCCACAUUAUAAACACUAUACACAUGCGCCGACGUGUGCUUAACUGGUGAUGCUGAAGGAUGUGCUCUCAGGAAUCAAAAAGCCAUUUGGCAACAAAUCCUCAAUCAUAUAAAAUUGCAAAAAUACAACACAAAGCUCAGAGAUCUAUUUUCACUUGUCUUAGAUAUACUUUUUUUUAAAAUAUAUUUUUAUUUGUUUUUUACAUAUUACGUCAAACGAACAAACAAAAACAUGAACAGGGCAGCUCAGACAUUUCACAAUAGGACAUAAUACUAGGAAACAAAAGUUUCAUGUGACAGGUUAUGCGUCAUACACAUUUUACAGGUGGACAGAGAGAGUAUACAGAAAUAAAUAAGUAAAUAAAAUGAACUAGUAAGUUAAUUGGUUAGGUAUCCCUCAGUUACAUGUGCAGACAAGGCAGUCCCGUUAUGACUAUGUUCAAGAUAAGAUGCAGUCAUUGACUGUGUCCCACCUGCACAAAACUAAAGAAAGUGAGGCCUGUGAAGACAUAUUUUUGCUGUAACUGAGUGAAAGACAUCAAGGCAGAGCCGUUAAAUAAAUCUCCUAAUGUUGUUAUGCCACCAUCUCGCCAUAGCCUAAACACAGGGUCCUCAACACCUGGGGGGACAUCAGGGUUCCCUUGAGUUAAGGUGCGGGGUGAUGUUAACUUGGUUCGACUCUCCAUAGAUCUUGCGAAUUUCCAUGCACUUAGCGUGUUUAGGACGAUUGGGUUUGUUCACAGUUUUUUUGCUAAGGCAGGAUCUAUGAGAAAUAACAGAUUUUGGAGUGGACAACUACAUUGGGCAGCUUCUAUAUCUAGCCAUGUAGAAGACUGAUCUUCCUUCAGCCAUUCAGCCACGAACCUUAAGUGUGCAGCCACCUGAUACCACCUUACAUUUGGAAGAUCUAAACCUCCAGCAGCCUUUGGUAACUGUAAUUUUGCUAACUUUUAUUCCAAAUAAAUGAACUCAGCCAACCUUCAAGGAUCUUAACCACCUUAUUUGAAAGAAUAAUGGGUACCAUUUGGAGUGGAUACAAAAGCCUUGGUAAGGCAUUCAUUUUGAUGAGUGCAACCCUACCAAGCCACGACAGCGGGAGGGACGCCCAGCGGUCAACCUCACAUUUUAUAGUGUCUAAGAGAGGUGUAAAAUUAGCACUAUACAUCUGAUCAAAUGUCUUAGAUAUACUUUAAUUUUCAUGUUUGUGUGGUGGGAUUCCCUUAACUUCCCAUUCUGUGGGUGUCUCUGCACACAGUUAGGGUAGCAGCAGGUAGAAAAGAGCUCAUUUCCCUCCCACAGAAGACGCCCUUUGCUGCCAUUGGCAUUGACAGUUAGUCAGCUCGCACAGAACAAAAUGUAAUGAAAUAUCCUAAUUUCAUUGUGUCGAUUGUUUGCAUGUCACUGCGUCCUGUCAGUCAUCUGACACACACACAGCGAGAAUUCAACAACAAAUAAUGCGUCAAAAACAUGUCACUUCACAGACUUGAUUGCCAUCUCCGUAUCUCUUUAUUUGGGUCUUUGUUAGUCUGGAGAGCAGUUUAAUUACAGGUUUGCUUUUGCUUCAGAGUGAAUAUUUCAAUGACAGAAGUAAACAUAUUUUUUAAAACCCCCAAAAGCAAGAUGUUUGAGGGAAUUUUCAAAAAUGUACAGUAGACACCAGGCUUCCAUCUACUUAUACCUCUCAGAGGCAGCACUGAAAUAUAAACAUGAUUAUUUUUACAUUAGAGUUUCAAAACAUGUCUGCUGUGAUGGAAAAUGUCUGAAAUUAUGCUCAUAAAUAUGCAGGUGUAAUCUAUCAUAUUUUGAUGUGUGCAUGCUUGGAAAAGUCAGGGACCAUCAUUUUUUAUGAUGAAGGUGAUGCAGCAUUUUCUCUCUGUAUUUACUGCGGCAUUUGUGAAUCGGAACAUAGAUAGCGGCUCAUUUGAAGUUUGUAAUUUAUUGUUUUGUGUAUAGAUUUACAUAAACACACAGAAUGUCCAUACACUGGGUACAGUGCAGCAGUUUCUCCAUAUGGGAUGACGCAGCAUAAAAAGUUAAAUUAGUUAAGGUUGUUCCAUUAAAAUAUUAAAAUGAAAUGAAAUAUAAAAAUGUUUGUAAAGCUCUUCAAGUAAAGGACAAACCAGUCAUUCUCAAAAUCAUAUGACAAUUUGUAUCUGUUGUUACAGGAGCUUUUAGAAAAAAACUUCUUUACUGUGUCUCAGGGGGAUAUAUAAGAAAAUGUGUCAUGUACGGUGUGUAAACUGUGACUCAGCUGUGAUAACUAUGCUUGAACAAAAAGUUUUUGAGUAACCACUGUUUUGUACUUUGCUGUAUCGUUCUAUUUGGUUGCUCUGUGAUUAAAGGUGUUUAGAUAUUCAAAAGUGAUACUGAAGAGGUCAUUCUCAGGGACCGAUAGCAAAAGUUUACAUCCUGUAAUUGACAAUAAUUGAAUACAUACAAUGAAAAACA